GGCCGGCUGCGGAUGUGGAGUUCGCCUGUUCGGCGACCCGUCUCUUUUGGUUGUAGCCUGGUUUGUUAAGGUCGCGGCGUAUUCCUGCGUUCAUUCUGCACAUGGGUACGCCACCACUGCACUACUGCACAGCGGCAAGCUAUCAUAUUCUACAAAAAGCAUGACCACAUUCAAUCAAGCAAGGAUCAUCUUCUUUCUAAUAUGUGCCGAAUGGUGCAUUGUUCAAGCGUGCAAAAGCAACCAAUACAUGUAUUGGUGCAAACGUAAUAACCAUAUCCUCGGAGCCUUGUGUCCUGGAGUUGAGCGAAGGCUAUGCGAUAAAACAAAGUUUUGGUGCGCAUGCGAGAACGGGACAGCUUGGACGUGGGACGUCCGCUGCGUGCCUUACAGGGACUGCGUCUCCAGGGCCUUCAAUCCAGAAAAACUGCUUAGUCAGAAUGAAGACCUCAUCAUGGUCGGCUUGUCAACCUCCAUAUUUGACCAGAACACUUUCAAGUGCAUUGUGUCCUCCCUGGUUACAAAUAAAAAGAACAAUUUCCACCGCCGGGUGCAGUACCAAAAGAAAGUAGGGCAUCGGUGGGAGAAAAGGCAAUUUGACCUAACGUUCUACACGUCGGACCAACAUCGAGAAAGACUCCUAGUAGAAAAUGAAUGGGAAUCUCUGCCAUACGGAAUAGAGGACUUUCCAACUUUGCACGCCAGCGAGGACUGCAUCAUUCUGGGAAAAAUGCCCCCAUAUGGAGAAAAAACGGAAUGCACCUACUGGGUUCGCAAAAGUGUUGUCGGAAAUCGCAAGUGGAGUUGUGACUUCAUGUUCGAUGAAUUUUGCAAGUCACAAGCGAUUGUAGUAAAUCACAAGAACAUAAUUACUUGCAAUUAAACUCACGACAACUCUUA